AUGGCCAGGAUUGUGUUUAAGAGGAAUACUGCCGGCAAUUAUGCAGUGAGGACCUUCGAAGAGAGGCACGCACACUGCUUGUGCGUUGAGAGCUACAAACCAUUCCUGAAGGUCAACAGGAAGCUUGAUAUUGGUCACCAACAGUUCAUAACGAACUGCGCAAAGGUCAACGUCAGAGCAAGUAAGAGUUUCCACAUAUACGCGGAGCUAGUUGGGGGAGUAGAGAACGUGGGAGCUACACAGUUGGAUUUCAAGAACUACCGGAGGGAUGUGUUGGCAUACAUGCACUUAGGGGAUUGUCAGAUGGUCCUGUCCAAAUACCUAGAUAUUAAGGGCGAUUACAGUGACAUGUACUUCGAAUACGAGGCGAACGAAGUGGACCAACUGACACGAAUUUUCUGGGCGGAUGGGUACGCACGUAGACAAUACAGUGCGUUUGGCGACGUUGUUUCGUUUGAUGCGACCUACAAAACUAAUAGGUACAACCUCGUUUUUGUCCCGUUCACCGGCGUCGACAACCACAAGAAAUGUGUUACAUUCGCAGCAGCCCUAAUCUCCCGGGAGGACGUGGACUCCUACUUUUGGGCAUUAAGACACUUCAAGAUCGCUAUGGGCGGUGCGUCACCUAUCGCAAUGACGGAUCAAGACCCUGCAAUGAAGGUCGCGGUCGUGAAGGAAUUCCCGGAUUCUCGCCACCGAUAUUGUCUGUGGCAUAUAAUGACGAAGGUGGGGGACAAAGUAAGCCAUGACUUGGCCCGGAACGAGGAGUUCCGAAAGGAGCUGAAUGCCGUCGUUUGGAACGACACCGCGACAGCUGAUUAUUUCGAUGAGGCAUGGAGCAGUGUUAUUGAGAAAUAUGGGCUGACUGACAAUGCGUGGUUCAAGCGGCUGGCACAAGAUGACCACCAGAAAUUGCAUCACCUCGGUGAGGUUCUCGCGUCACUAGAAACUCAGUUGUGCGAAAAUAGCGACGAACAGGCUGCUGUUGCGAGGGAAAACGGACGAUAA